GCUUGGGGUAUAAUAGAGGGUGCAACAGCCCUCAAGGCUCACUCUUCGAACACGCAUCUACGUGCUCUACGAAAAGUUUCAAGAUUAAUAAAGGAAGACAAAGUUUUCGAGGGAAUGACGAGCUUAUGUCUCGUUGUGUUUUUGCUGGUUUGCAACAACAUUUUUGUUCUCGUUGAAUCCCAGCCAUUACCAGCAGACAUGAUUUACAAUAGCGAAAAUUUUGCCGAUGAAACUGAAAAGCUUAUUUUAAUAAAUAGGCUAAAACAGUUGAUGGAACAAGAAAGGGAACUUACUGAAGAAGAGCUUACAAUUCAAGCGAUGUUAGAAGCAAAGGCAAGAGAUCAACGAGUAGAUGAUUAUCCACCAGAUGAUACGGAAACACUUCCAAUACCAAGUGCCGUAGUUCAUCAUACAUCUCCAGUUUCCAACAAACGAAUUAGCUACAUGAACCUCUGUCAUUUCAAGAUCUGCAACAUGGGACGCAAAAGGCAAUCGUAAAUCCAGUUUUCUUAUGGUGUUCACUGCGA